GCGCACUGGCCUGCCGGCGGCCGGUGGACCAUGGAGGCCCCAAGGCGCUCGGCCCCGGGCUGGUCCCCCCGAUCGCUCCCCCAGCCGCGAGGGCCCGAUCUGAAGCUGUGGCUCUGUGAGUUGUGGCUGCUGCUGCUGACUUCUGGCCUGAGCUCGAGUUUUUUGCCCGACGAAGAGGACGUAGACUUUAUCAAUGAGUACGUGAACCUCCACAAUGAACUGCGAGGCAAAGUCUUGCCCUCAGGGGCUAACUUGCGCUUCAUGACUUGGGAUGUAGCUUUGUCACGGACUGCUAGAGCAUGGGGAAGAAAAUGUGCACUUGCGCCUAAUACUCAUUUAGAAGAAAUAAAAAUGGCCCAUCCUAUAUAUACUGGUAUUGGUGAAAAUAUAUGGGUUGGCCCUGAAAAUGAAUUUACUGCAAGUAUUGCUAUCAGAAGUUGGUAUGCGGAGAGGAAAAUAUACCAUUUUGCAAAUGACAGUUGCUCUGGUGACUGUUCUCAUUAUUUACAGCUUGUUUGGGACAAGUCUUUCAAAGUUGGUUGUGCUGUUACUCCAUGUCCAAGAAUUGGACGUAUUAGAUUUGCAGCAAUUUUCAUAUGCAACUAUGCACCAGGAGGAAAUCUGAGGAGAAGGCCUUAUCAACAAGGAGUAUUUUGUACUCAAUGUAGCAGAUAUGACAGAUGCACAGAUUUUCUAUGCAGUAAGACAAAGAAAAUAACUUUACAUGAAAAAAUCCAUAGUGCAUAGGACAACAAGAGAAAUGAAGUGUUGAACUCUAGUUUUUUAUUGUCAUAUUAAUAUUUUUCCUUUGGUCAGAAAGGUAUUAUAUUAUCAAAAGAUGGUCGAAACAGUCUCAUUUUUAGAUUUUUCUAAAUUGUACAGCCUUUUCUGCCCUCUCUUACUUCUAUUCCUGCCCUGAGGACAUACCAGAAUGUCUGAAAAAAGAAAUAAGAACUGAUAGCUAUAUCCUGAAAAAGCUUCGCAAUUAAUUCCUAAAACAGCAGCCAAUUUGAAAAUGACUGCUCUAAAGGAUAAGGUAUUCCAAAAUAUUUAUAAAGAGAAAAGAAGUAAAGUAGCAAAUGUUUAAUAG